AGCAAGACCAGCACAAACAGCCAAACAGCAAACGGCAAAGGGUACGGCACAGAUGCCAUCCUAGCGCCGUCUUUUAUCAUUCGGUGCAGUCCUCAUCUGUAAAGUUUAGAACCAUGGCAAAGCAGGGCCGUCGCUCGCGCGAUACGCAGAGCAAUUCAAGCAGGGCAUCUCCAGAGGCAGCGCCAAUAGAGACAGCUGCAACGAGUAGACGCACAACGCGUGCCAAUUCCAUCAAUAGCACUCGUUCGCAAUCCGCAGCUGCCAUGUCUGGCUCAGAGUCGGAUGAACAAGCCUUCCCUAGAGCUGCGUCUCGAAAGUUGGCAGGCAAGCGCAUAGCGAGUGACGGCAAUGGCAGGGCUACCAAGAAGGCUCGUAUCAUGGUGCGAAAAUCUUCAAGGCAACAGGACGAUGCAGAUUACGCAGAGGAAACUCAGGAGGAAGAGGAUGAAUUGAGCCGCACCAAUUCGCCGGCGAAUGUCAAGCAGGUCAAGUCGCGAUCAUUUACACCCGUCACUACAAAGAAACGCGAGCAGCCUGUCUACUUGUCUGACUACUCUGAAGAGUGGGAAGAGCGGCACUGGGACAUUUGCGAAGCGUGUCGUUUAGGGACCACAAAGAAACUCAUCUACUGUCAAGGCUGUGCAGUUGCUCUGCAUCAGGAAUGCAUCUCUGCCGAUAAGAAACACAACAUUGUGCGCAUUGAUACCGAUGCAUGGGUGCUACAAUGCCGUCACUGCGUGAGCAAGGCCGACAAGCCGAGCAGCAAUCGAUCGUACAUCACCGGCAAGGUUGGACCAGCAUGUCAGCCUCUCAUGGCUCCCAAAUCAAAAUGGCAACCACCCAAAGAAGGCCAUGUCGUUUCGGACCCUGAGCAAGCGGCACGCGAUGCAGACGCUGCGCGCGUAUUGCAGGAAAGGGCAGAUUUGCGCAGCAUGAUUCAUAUCCCUGAGAACGUCAUGUUUCGAUGCACACGAUGCUUACGUCCAGCCUUGUAUGAGGACUUGCCAGCAGAUGACGGGACGGAUGGCGACCCCUCACAGUGCCUUGAAUGCAAUCUUUAUGCAAAACAACGCAUUCAUCUCGUCCUUGGCUGGCGAGAACUCGGCGAAGAGCGAUUAGAGACGCUGGAAAUCACGAGAAGUGAAGCACCAUCAGAUUGGUUGCGAGAGUACCUCGUCAAGUGGCAAGAUCAAUCAUUCCGCACAGUCGAAUGGGUGCCUGCUACAUGGCUCGCUGGCGCCGCUUUUGCAAAGAAGCGCAAUUUUGAUCAGAAAGAGCUGGAACCUAUCAGGGAUAUUGCAGAUGUUGUGCUCGAUGACUGGACCAAAGUCGACGUCGUGCUCGAUUGUGAGUAUGAAGAGCACAAGCGCUUUGACGAGAUGGGCUUUGAGAGCGAAGAGGAAGCCUUUGCUGCAAUACACAAAGUCAGUCGCAUGUAUGUCAAGUGGCAGCAAGUGCAGUACGAGGAUGUCUGCUGGGAUGAGCCGCCAAGUGAGGCCAUGGACACUGAAGGAAUUGAACGAGAUCGCUGGACUGCCUUUGAGCGUGGCUAUCGCGAUUGGGUGCGAGGCUUCUAUGUCAUGGUUGACAAACAACAUGCAGUCAAGUCUGCCAAGCUCAACGACUUUCAAUUUGUGCGCCUCGAAAAGAAGAAGCAACCUAAGAAUCUUGUCGGUGGCGAGCUCAUGCCAUACCAGAUGGAAGGGCUCAAUUGGCUUUACUACCAGUACUUUCGACGCCAUCCAGCAAUUCUCGCAGAUGAAAUGGGACUCGGCAAGACCAUCCAAAUCAUCUCCUUCCUCAGUGUUUUGCACAGCGACUGGGCGAUCGGCCCUUUUCUUAUUGUCGCCCCCAACUCUACCAUCAGCAAUUGGAAGCGCGAAUUCCAAAAAUGGGCACCUCACAUGCGAGUCGCAGCUUACUAUGGCACAUCUGCAAGCCGGACUGUUGUUCGUGAUUUCGAGAUUGUGCACAAUGACACGUCAGGCAGGCCACUGAAAGUGCAUGCGCUCAUCACAAGCUACAAUACCAUCGAGCAAGAUGCGGCAUUUUUGAAGAAGUACACAUGGGCUUGUCUUGUUGUGGAUGAAGGUCAACGUCUCAAGAACGAUGAGAGUAUUCUGUUUAAGCUGUUGUCAGAGUUCCGCGUCAAUCAGCGUGUCUUGCUCACUGGCACGCCGUUGCAGAACAACACAAAGGAAUUGUUCAACCUACUCCAGUUCCUGGACCCCGACAAGAUGGAUGCAGCGACGCUAGAAGCACAUUACGAUAUUGAGAAGCAAGAGUCUCUUUCCGAGCUGCAUCAAAUGCUGCAACCCUACUUCCUACGACGUACAAAGACACAGGUGCUCAAGUUCUUGCCGCCCAAGAAUGAAGUCAUUGUACCGGUGACAAUGAGCGCGUUGCAAAAGGAGCUAUACAAGACCAUUCUCAGCAAAAAUGCAGAGCUCAUGCGGCUUGUCAUGUCUCGUUCUUCUUCAGGCAAGCCAAUCCAGAACUACAAUAACACGUCGCUCGGCAAUGUACUGCAACAGAUUCGCAAAAUACUGUCGCAUCCUUUCAUUUAUUCGCCAGACAUCGAAGAAAAGGUGGACGAUGAAGCAGUCUCGCUUACGAACCUUACAAACGCAUGUGCCAAGCUUCAGCUACUUAAAGUCUUGCUACCACUGCUCAAGGCGAAAGGUCACCGAGUGCUCAUCUUUUGUCAAUUCAUCAUGAUGCUUGAUAUCUUGGAAGAUUGGCUGGUCGCUACUGGUAUUCAGCAUGCACGCAUCGAUGGCAAUACGCCGUCGCCUGAACGUCAAGAAGCCAUCGAUAAGUUCAAUGCACCCGAAUCAGAGCUGACUUGCUUCUUACUAAGUACACGAGCUGGUGGUGUUGGUAUCAAUCUCGCCACAGCCGACACAGUCAUCAUUUACGACGCCGACUUCAACCCUCAUCAAGAUUUGCAGGCUGUUGCGCGUGCGCAUCGAAUUGGUCAGAAGUCCAAGGUUGUUGUCUUCACGCUCGUUACGCGGAAUACCGCUGAGGAGAAGAUUCUGCAAAUUGGUCGUAAGAAGAUGGUACUCGAUCAGCUCAUUAUUGAAAACAUGGCGACCAAGGAAGAGAAUGUGCCUUACCAGGAAAUUUUGUCCUUUGGUGCAGCUGCGCUUUUUGAGGAGGAAGCCAAGAAUGAGCUUGUCUAUGAUACAGCUACUGUCACGAAUUUAAUUGAAAGCUCGUAUGCGGAUGUCCCUGUUGUUGAGGAAGAAGCAGACGACAAGAAGGAUUCCUUUGGUUUUGCCAAAGUUUGGGCAGGCGAUGCCCUCGCUGAUGAUGAUCUCGGUGAAACGGAGGGUAAAGAGGCGACGGAUGAUUUGUGGGCCAAGAUUCUUGCUCAACGUGCUGCUGAAGCCAAGGCGGAAGCUGACAAGAAGUCUGCUGAAUUCUCAAAGGGCCGAAAGCGCACUGUCAAGGAUUACAGUGAGGCUGCUCAAGGCAAAUCAAUUGAAAUGAUGGCAAAGGGUAAGAAGAAGACUGCAGUGGGUGGACUUGUGGUGGGCGACAAAGCAGGCUCAGCGACAGUCACACGAGAGUCGACGCCUGAAAAGCCUGAAGAAGCCGUGGCUGAGCCUGAAGUGGAAGAUUGGUACAGUUCGGAUUAUGUCUCUGAAGGCGAUGAUGACGAAGACUAUGAAAGAGAGGCUGUCCCGCCUGAACAAGUUGCACUGGAGGCUACUGCUUUAGCAGCAGAAGGCGGAACGACUGCUGCAAAUGGCACCGCUGGUUCAGCGACUCAGGCGAGUGUUGCGCCGCGCCUUUUGAGGCCAUGUAAAGUAUGUGAUGCUAUUCACGCUGGUGGUCAAUGCCAGCUACGCAACAUCCCCAUUGAGGUGUGCUCUUUGUGCAACACGCCUCAUUUUUCCGGUGGUCGGACACACGCCUCUCAGCAGUGUCCAGUCUUCUCUGAUAUCUCUGCAAUGCGCAGGAUUCUCGAGGAUCUGAGGUCUUCCAAUGAGCCAGCUGCGGUUGUGGAUAAAGCUACCACGUAUAUCCGAGGAGCUAUUGGGCAAGUCACGAGGCAGGAGCGUGAUCGAGUACACAAGGAGUUGCAGCAACAAAAAGCCGCACAGGCUCUUAAACCGCAAGCAGGCGUGUCAUCGGCUAGUCCAUUGACGCAAACUCAGCCAACCACUACAUCGACCACUCCAGCUACUGUGGGUGUGCCUGUACAAGCCCAAGGUAAUGCUCCACAGAUCGCUCAACCCCAGCCUGUCAUCAUACAGACUCAACCUGCAGUACUUGCACAGCAACAGACCCCUGUGGACGUUGCCCCGGCAUCGGUCGUUCAGCAACCAAACCCUGUGGCCAGUCCUCCCCCACCUCCACCCGUGCAACAACCAAAGCAGCCGCACACUGUAUCGCAACUUUUCCAGCAAUCUGCGGCAGGUCCUUCAAUUCCGCUUGUUGUCGCACAACAGCCAGCAAUGGUUGCGCCUGCACAAACAAUGCCGCCCUUCCCAAAAACGCAGUCUACCACGAGUCUUGGGAUAGGUCCAGUCCAGCUACCAUUCAAAACGGGACCAUUGCAGCCUUCAUUACCGCCUGCUCGGACGCAUCCAUUCACACAGUCUAGCGGACAGUCUAGUGGACAAACCAUGCCUGUUCCUGGAGCAAGUCAGACUGUCGCGCGUCCGUCGAGUGUGCAAGCAUUAUUGGAAGCCGCGAUGCGCAGACCACCUGCAACGAAGGAGCCAUGAGAUACUCAUUUCAAUGACGUUACUUG